GAAAAUUGUUGACAGCAAAGCUGCUUCGUGCGUCAUUCCGUUUUGUGUGGCUGCAAGUCUCCGUUUUUCUCAAGAACAGCCGACCAAACCUGCCUCUGCCAUUCUUCUUUACAAAUAGAACACUUGGACAAUGAGGUCGACGUCUGCUAGUAGCUGGAUAGCGUUGGCGGCCGCACUAUUCCUCCAUGAUGCGGCUGCCUUUACCAUUCCAACAAGGCUGUCAAGGCGGACGAUUACCGUGAGGUACAUGGCAGGUGGCUUUGAGUGGGAAGAUCCAGGAGAAGUCUUUGAUCAAGGGGUCGAAAACCCAUUCAAGAAUCCCGAUCUCAUGAAAGGAGGAGAUGAUGGAAUGAAAAUUGAUCCGGCCAGGCUCUUGGGCCCGCGAUUAAAUGGAUCCAAUCUGUAUCUUGUUGGAAUGAUGGGAACAGGAAAAUCCACCGUGGGAGAUAUUGUGGCUCGACGCAUCGGCAGCUACAACUUGUUGGACACGGAUGACAUUAUUGAGAAAGCUAGCUCCAUGGCCAUUCCCGAAAUUUUUGAAGCGGAGGGAGAAGAAGGAUUCCGGGAGGUAGAAACCCAAAUUUUGAAUUCGGUACAUCCCUACGUUCGUUGUGUCAUUAGCACGGGAGGUGGUAUUGUCACUCGAAAUGAAAAUUGGUCCAAACUGCAGACUGGAAUAGUCGUAUGGCUCGAUGCCGCACCCGAAGUCAUUAUGAAACGAAUUGAAGGAACCGAUCGUCCACUCUUGCAAACAGAAGAUCCACUGCAAACGCUCAAAGAUUUGCUAGAGGAACGCAAAGAAAAAUACGCACAAUCCGAUCUGCGCAUCGAAAUCACAGAGGAUAUGAAUGAAGAGGAAGUGGCCAGCCAAAUUGUAUUUGAUCUUCACAACUUUAUCGAUGACAACCCGCCUGCUUGGAAGUUGGCAAAGGCCAAAGCUCAGUCAGAAGGAUUGGACUGGGUAUAAUACGUAACAAACAUAACGUCUAGCUAGCUACUAGAUUGGUUGCAUUGCAUGACCGUGAAAAUGAUGGUUCGUUGCCAUGCCACCCGUUUGGUUGGGCUGACUGGCUGGGG